UCUUCGGGUGCACCACAAAGGCAGGGAUCCUCCAUGUUUCUGUUGAGGAGUCUUGGCAGGAGUCUCAAGGAAUUCCUCAAGAGCACCGGACUGCAUGGUCUGAAGUUUGUUGGAGACUCCAGUCUCAGCAGUUGGGAGAGAUCUUUUUUCUUUUGUUCAUUUGUGGUCGCCUUGGUGGUCACGUGCAACCUCAUCUCGAACAUCUACGCCAAGUGGGAUAGCACUCCGGUGAUAAUUGGGAUCAGUCCACAGGCCACAUCCAUUUUGAAAGUUCCCUUUCCGGCCAUCACCAUAUGCAACAUGAAUCAGGUUCAGAGCAGCCAAGUGUCGCAUUACAGAGAGGGCUCGGAUGAGAGCGCAAUUUUGAAGCUGUUAUGCAACUCCGAAAUGGAGGACUCUGAAGACCUUGACGAUGACGUGUCCCGUUCAAACUUUGCCCAGAGUACCCUCAGUUUAUCUGAUUUCGUUUCGAACCACUCCCAGCGCUGCGAUAAGAUGCUGCUUUACUGCAGAUUCAAUGCCGUGGAGCACAACUGCUCGCACCUGUUCCAGCAGCUCAUGACGGACGAGGGCCUGUGUUGUGUAUUCAACUUUCAGCCCCCAGAGUUCCUCUACAAGCCAUUUUCAAAUAGCAGACGAAAUUUGACAAUGAAAAAUGGUUUUGAAGCGGUCAAAUGGAAUCCAGAGACAGGUUAUCCCGACAAAUUACCAACCAAAUAUUACCCAGCGACAGCAAUUGGAACUGGAAUUGCACUGGGAUUUACUGCUGUUCUCGAUGCGCAGAUGAGCGAGUACUACUGCUCCUCGACCAAUGGGCCGGGCUUCAAGGUCUACUUCCACAAUCCAACCGAAGUGCCUGUUGUCAAGGAGGCAGGACUCAUCACAGCCAUUGGCUUUGAAACCAACUACCGCAUGGAGGUGUUACGAGCGGAGGCAGUGCCAGCAAUUCGCUCCAUUUCGCGGGAUGGUCGUCAGUGCCUGUUCGGAAACGAGAAGGACCUGAUAUUCUACCAGACCUACACGCGGCUCAAUUGCGAGCACGAGUGCAUGGCCGGAUACUUGUACGAGUCCUGCGCCUGCAUUCCCUUCGUCUAUCCGCAGAUCUACAGCAAUGCCACAACGUGUGGCAUGAGGGACACUCUCUGCCUGCAUCGGGCCCAACAGGCAGCCAUCCGACCGGGAUGGGUCAAGUGCCGGCAGCAGUGCCUGCCCGGCUGUUUCGACCUCAGCUACAUGGCCAGCGGCUUCUCCUUUCCCCUGGCCACCAGCAAAUUCCAACUGGCCAAUCCGCUGGUGGAGAGCAUCAACAAAUCGUAUCUGAGUGGGAAUAUAGCCGUCAUCAAUGUCUACUACCGGGAGUCCGUCUACUAUGGCAACACGAAAAACGCAUACGUGGGACUCACAGAGUUCCUUUCUAACAUUGGAGGAGUGAUGGGCCUCUUCAUGGGCUUCAGCGUAAUCUCUUUGGCGGAAAUCUUUUACUUUCUCCUUCUGAAGCCUCUCGUAGAGCUGUUCCUAUGGAAAAGGUCCGCCCAGGUUGAUGCACAAAAUUCCAUAAAGCAUAACGCAUUUGCCAUGGAACAGCCAGAGAUGAUCGAUAAUAAAGCCAUAGUCUGGCACACACGAGAGCUGUAUCCCCAGGGACCAAAGCUAAAACUCAGCAGAACGGUAAAGAGAAACCGAAAUAAAACAAAUGUAUUCGCCCAGUGAGAAUUCACAGAACUGCGAAUAUGUACAAUUGGUACUAAAUUAUUAAACCUUA